AUGGCCCUGCAGGCCUGGGACUGGGAGGAAGAGGACAGAACAAGCGAGGGGCCCCUCUCCUCCAUGGCUAGUGCUUACCAGUCAGCAAGCGAGUAUGAGACGGAGGAGUACCUGAAAUCCAGAACCCCAGCCCAUGAGUGGGACUCUGAGGACCAGUUCAGCAGCCUGCACUCCUCGGAGGGGAUGUCCUGCCCCUUUACCCCUGAUGUCCCCCAGGUUGUCCCCUGCAGAUUUGUCAUCUCACUGGCCUUCCCUGCACUAACAGGUCAAAAGGUAAAAGCUGCAGGUUUUGCAGAGAAAAAGAAAACCCCUAAACUAGGCAGCCGGGCUGCUGCCAAGGCUCGUCGGUUCUACCACAUUGAGUAUUUUUUCCUGCCCGAUGAUAUAGAACCCAAAAAAGUUGAUGUUGUGGUGUUUCCUGGCGUGGCCAAAGUGUUUCUGGAGUCAGGAAUAAAGACUGUGAAGCCAUGGCGAGAAGAUGACAAAAUUUGGGUGUCUUGGAGCCAGACUUUCAAUGUCAACAUGACGAAGGAAUUAUUAAAGAAAAUAAACUUCCACAAAAUCACCUUGAAGCUCUGGGACACCAAGGACAAAGUCUCUAAGAAGGUCAGAUACCACCGACUGAAGACAGCCACUUACACAGAAGACCCAGAAUCUUUCGAGGAAGUGAAACUUUUGGUUUUAAGUCAGAAAAGGUUGUCUGCAAUUAUCAGGGAAAAACCCAUCGCUGUCCUCGAGGAGUCGAGAGAGGUGAAUUCACCAGGUGACCAGGAAAAGGCAGAAAAAUACUUGAAGUCUCUACAAGAGCCUGAAACCCCUGCUAAGAAUGGUGACGAAUAUGAAAAAUUACUCAAGAUGGAGGACCCUUCUGCAUCUCGACUGGGCACUGUGAAAACAACUGUUUCUUUGGCUGGAACAACCAUGAUGGAGAUCAGUGAAAUCAUCGAGAGAGCAUCAUUGGGCAGCUUAACAAACAUGAUAGAAAAGCAAAAGUCUCAAUUUAAAGGAAAAGAGCCAGAGGUGAAGAAGAAAGCCCCAAAGAAAGUGAAGACGUAUCAGACAGAGGAGGAAGCAAACAUGAAGCUGGCAUCAGCGCCCUGGAAGCCGAGCAUCUUCUCCAUUCAGCUGGCCGUCAUGCCGCUCCUUGCUGGCUGGCAAACGGUCAUCAGCCGGGGCAGUGAGAAGUCUGCCAACAUUUUAGAUUGCUUUUUGACUUUAAAAACCGAAGUUCCUAUCAUGACUGACGAGCAAAAGCAAGACUUGAACCCCCUUACCAUAAAGAUCAGGUCUGCUUCCUGCCUUCCCAGCCAGCCUGUAUCCAUUCAUGACCUGGAGAGGCUGUGCACCCCUGUGUACUGCAGAUACCAGUUCCACAAUACUCCAGUUCACGAGACCGAGGGGGAGCCCCAUGGGACUCAUGUAUUUUUCCAGGAUAUCAAUGUCAUCUUCCUUGGGGCCAUGCACCCUAGUGACCUGAGGGAGUACCUCGAAGGGCCCCCUAUGGUGGUUGAAGUCCAUGACAGGGACCGAAAGUCAGAGGAGUAUACCCGGAAACCUACCCUGUUUGGAGAGGACCCUGUGGAUUCAUACUUCAAUCUUCAAGCUUUCAUCUCUUCCAAAAACACCAAGAAUAACCCCUUUGAGUCCCAGAACAAGAUAUGGGACCCUUAUGGGGUUGCCCGGGUCAGUUUUGCUGACCUCCUCCUUGGUCAUAAAUACUUGAACCUGGUUGUCCCCAUCCAUAACUGUGAGCCAAAGUCUGCUGGCCGAAGCCAGGAGAGCAGGAACAGGAAGUUUGUAGGGUUCCGGGCCCCCAUGGAUGUCCUCCAGCAUAGCUCAAUGCCCACAGGCAACUACCUGGAGGCCAACUCUCUACUCAAGCUCCGAGUGGACAUUGCCGUGCCCCUGAGUGCUUGGCUCACAGCUCCUGAGCUUGACUUCAUGGGGACCCAGUUCGGCCGCAUCAUUUUUGUGUUCAAUACCAAGAAGCUGGUCCUCCUACAGAACCUGCUGCAGGACAUCACUAUGAUCAAUGCCAAAGCCCUGGACUUGGACAGUCACCCCAUCCAGAACAUCCAGCAGAUCCUGUCGGCCUUCAAGGUGCGUGUGAAGAUCCAAGAGCAGCAGUGCCUAGAUGUGCUCACUGGCUUCCAUCUGCUGGACGGAAAGAUCCACCUUUUUAUUCUGGAAGGCUUGGCAGAACACGGCUUGAAGCAACUGUGGGAGAGUUACCAGAGCAGGGUUACUACCUCCAAUCGUGUAGCGUGCAAGGUGCUGUAUGACUCCAGGUUGCUCUUCCGCCAUCGCCUGUAUGCUGACCUGGAGACCAUUCUGUACCAUGUACAUUUGUUCAGGCCCGUGUCGCUGCUCCUGCGGUACCCAGCGGUCUAUGUUCGUGGGGCUGUGCCACGCAUGGCCUUUCAGGCACUGACCAGGAUCCACGACAUCUGCCACAACAGCACCAGGCUCAGGGAGGUGAUCAUGAGAGAUCUGCUCCCCUCCUCCUCCAUGGUUAAAGACCUGAGCCAAGAGUUUGGGAUACCCAUUUCCCAGGAAGAACUCACAGAUGCAAAACUGUUAUCCGCAUCUCCCCAGCCCACUCCCAAAGAUGCGAACAUCCAGCGUCAGACAUCUACCCUCCCAGAGGAGAUCCAGACCCACCAGGAGAAGUACCUGCAGUGGAGGAACAACAUGCUGCUGAAGAAUCAAGAUCACAAGGAUAGCCUUGUCCAGAAAAAUAUCGCAGAAGCCUACCAGCUCACCAAAAAGCCUCUGAAGUCAAUGGUGAAGACAAUUAGAAUUGCCAUUCCUGAGAACAAAGCUGUCCACAACUACAGUAUCCAGACCCUGAACUCCACAGAGCUUGCAAAGAAGGAGAUGUUCAAAGAGAUGGCCAAGGAGCCAAGGAAGAGAUUCACAUAUUCCCAGAGAUACUUCUCAGCAAUGGUGGAGCCUCGGGACCCAAAGGAAGAGGAGAAGAAAGCCCAGAAGAAGUCCCGCCAGGCCUGGCUCACAGCUGGUGGGUUCCAAGUGUGGGGUCUUCAGAGCACCACUGGAAGCUUCCAGCAGGACCUUAGACUGCCACCCAUCAGAAAGAUAAAUGAGGAAUGGCAAGAAAACGCUCUGUUCGCUAACGUGCUGAAGCCCGUGCUGGAUCGGGAUAGGUGGAGCUGGAGCCAGCGACACGUGGACAUUGACCUGUACAAGAAGCCACCACUUUACCUUGAACUGCCCCCUCUUCCAGCUCCGAAGUCUGCAACUGGUAGGAGACAGAAGGCAAGCAUCCAGUCUUCUGAACAGCGCCAAUACAGUCAAGACCCAGAAAACACACCUAGUUCCCAUGAAAGUCUCCCUGUGAAUCUUCAAGACUUCAUCUCUGUCAGUGACCAUCAACCGGUACUACGGACCCUGUCACAGGUAGCCCCUACUUCCUGUGAAUCUUUGAUGGCAACACAUCACCCGAGCUCUUCCUUUCCCAGCCGCUGGUUUCAUUAA